GCCCAAACCCGAUGGCAAGUAUCCACGGCCUCUGAAUCUGAAGUCCGCUUCGGGGCGUGCAAGUGGCAACUCGUUCUUCGCAUUUCUCCUCGCCUGAACGCAAAGCCAUCGGAAUUGUGUCGCACAAUCACAAUGUCCGGCAGCCGGGCCAGAAACUUCCGCCGCCGAGCCGACGACAAUGACGACGACGACGAACCCAAUGGCUCCGCCGCCCCUUCGAUCAGCGCUCCGAGCGCGUCAUCAAAACCCUCGUCUACCGUCGCCAAUAAACCCAAGAAGCCAAACCCUCAGGUCCCGAAGCUUCUCAGCUUCGCCAGCGACGAAGAGAACGACGCCCCACUUCGCUCUUCAUCUUCCAAACCAUCCAAUUCCAAGAAGCCCUCUACUCGACUUCCCAAGCCCUCCUCCACCCACAAGAUCACUGCCUUAAAGGACCGCCUCUCUCACUCUUCUCCAAUUUCGGCAUCUGUUCCCUCAAAUGUUCAGCCUCAAGCUGGCACUUAUACCAAAGAGGCCCUGCGCGAGUUGCAGAAGAAUACCCGCACGCUUGCGAGCUCAAGACCCUCGUCCGAAUCUAAGCCUUCCUCGGAACCUGUUAUUGUUCUAAAGGGUCUUCUCAAACCCGCCGAACAGAUUCCGGAAAAUUCUAGAGAAGCUAAAGAGUCGAGCUCUGAGGAUGAAGCAGGGGAUGGUAAUGGGAAAACGGCCGGUUCGUUUCGGAGGAGUAAGGAAGAUACCUUGGCCCGAAUGGCUUCAAUGGGGAUUGGCAGAGGAAAGGAUUCAUCUGGGUCGUCAAUUCCCGAUCAAGCGACCAUUAAUGCAAUCCGCGCGAAAAGGGAACGAAUGCGACAGGCUGGAGUUGCAGCGCCGGAUUAUAUAUCGUUAGAUGCAGGGAGCAACCGCACCGCGCCGGGGGAAUUGAGCGAUGAAGAGACAGAGUUUCCGGGGAGAAUAGCCAUGAUUGGAGGGAAGUUGGAGAGCUCGAAGAAAGGGGUGUUUGAGGAAGUUGGUGAGCAAGCGAUUGAUGGAGUAGGAAAGGAUAUUGAGGGCAGCGAUGAGGAUGAGGAGGAGAAAAUUUGGGAGGAGGAGCAGUUUAGGAAGGGGUUGGGGAAGAGAAUGGAUGAUGGUUCUACUAGGGUGGAGAGCACUAGUAUUCCUGUUGUUCAGGGUGUUCAGCAACAAAAUUUAAUUUACCCCACUACAGCUGUGUAUAAUUCGGUUCCUACCAUGUCUACAGCAACAAGUAUAGGGGGUUCUGUUGGUGUUUCACAGGGUUUUGAUGGGCUAUCGAUAUCUCAGCAAGCUGAGAUUGCUAAAAAGGCUUUGCAGGAUAAUAUGGGGAGGCUUAAGGAAUCUUAUCGAAGAACUGCAUCAUCACUGUUGAAGACUGACGAAAAUCUGUCUGCAUCUCUUUUGAGUAUCACAGUGCUUGAAAAGUCUCUUUCUGCUGCUGGCGAGAAGUUCAUAUUCAUGCAAAAGCUUCGAGACUUUGUUUCUGUUAUCUGUGACUUUUUGCAGCAUAAAGCUCCAUUCAUAGAGGAACUUGAGGAGCAGAUGCAGAAACUUCACGAAGAACGAGCUUCUACUGUUGUGGAGAGAAGAGUAGCUGAUAAUGACGAUGAAGUGGUGGAGAUAGAAACAGCUGUGAAAGCAGCUACAUCUGUUUUGAAUAAGAAAGGGAGCAGCACUGAAAUUAUUGCUGCUGCAACAAGUGCAGCCCAGGCAGCAAUUGCAUCUGCAAGGGAACAAGCUAUCCUACCAGCAAAGUUAGAUGAAUUUGGUAGGGAUUUAAAUUUGCAGAAACGUAUGGAUAUGAAACGGAGAGCUGAGGCUCGGAAGCGGCGAAGAGCUCAAUAUGAUUCCAAGAGACUAACAUCCACAGAGGUUGAUGGCCAUCAAAAAGUUGAGGGAGAAUCUAGCACUGAUGAGAGUGAUAGUGAGAGUGCAGCAUACCAGUCAAACCACAAUUUAUUGCUCCAGACUGCUGCUCAGAUUUUUAGUGAUGCAGCCGAGGAGUUUUCUCAACUUGCUGUGGUGAAACGGAGGUUUGAAGAAUGGAAGAGAGAUUAUUCAGCAACGUACCGUGAUGCAUAUAUGUCAUUAAGCAUUCCUUCUAUCUUCUCUCCAUAUGUGAGAUUGGAGCUCUUGAAGUGGGACCCACUACAUGAAAAUGCAGAUUUUUUCGAUAUGAACUGGCAUUCUUUGCUGUUCAACUAUGGUAUGCCUGAGGAUGGAAGUGAUUUUGCUCCAAAUGAUGCUGAUGCUAACCUUGUUCCAGAACUAGUUGAGAAGGUUGCACUUCCAAUAUUGCACCAUGAAAUUGCUCAUUGCUGGGACAUGCUUAGCACCCGUGAAACCAGAAAUGCGGCUUUUGCUACAAGCUUGAUUACUAACUACGUUCCAACAUCAAGUGAAGCUCUUACAGAAUUACUGGUUCUUAUUCGUACCCGUUUGUCGAGUGCUGUUGAAAAUCUCAUGGUUCCUACAUGGAAUGCACUUGUGAUGAAAGCUGUUCCAAAUGCUGCUCGAAUUGCAGCAUAUCGGUUUGGCAUGUCUGUGCGUUUGAUGAGAAACAUCGGCUUGUGGAAAGAAAUAAUUGCAUUGCCCAUUUUAGAAAAGCUUGCUCUUGAAGAGCUGUUGUACGGAAAAGUUCUACCUCAUGUUAGAAGCAUAACAGCGAACAUCCAUGAUGCAGUCACAAGAACUGAGAGAAUCAUUGCUUCCCUUUCAGGAGUGUGGACAGGCCCCAGCAUCACCGGUGAUCGCAGUCACAAGUUGCAACCAUUGGUAGACUACAUUCUGCUGCUUGGAAGAACGUUGGAGAAGAAGCAUAUUCUGGGCGUGUCGGAGAGUGAUACAAAUGGACUCGCUCGGCGAUUAAAGAAGAUGCUAGUUGAGUUGAAUGAGUAUGACAAUGCAAGGGACAUUGCGAAGACCUUUCAUCUCAAGGAGGCAUUAUGAGCUCCGAUGAGCAACCGGUGCACUUAUUUAUCUGAAAGGUGAUCUAGAUUCCUGGGUAGAAUGCUAAAUGCAUUAUUCGAAGAUUGUUGAGAAACCGUCACCGAAGGAGCUGUUGUUGACGAGAAGUUUUUGUUCUUGCUAAGUUGACAACUUCUUAGCAAAUGCAGCUUUAGAUUCUGGAGAGAAAGCUAGGUGUGGAGUGACCCAGGAACGUGAACAUGUUUUGCGUCAUGGGAAUUUUUCUUUUUGAUACCGGAUUGUAUUGUAAUUUUGAGAAAUACGUUUCUAGAAUAAUUUGCUAAAAAAGAGAGGUCACUUCAGGUGAUAUUUUAGUUGAGGUCAAUUAAAAUGAUAGAAGUGAUAUGGCUGUUAGAUAAUAAUUUAAUGACACUGAAUAUUAGUA